UGAGGCGAAAUUCUGUAAUGUCAUGCCUGUAGAGUGGUUAUAUUUUUAAACAGAAUUUAGUUUCAGUAUGUGCAUUAACGACGAUAAAUAUUACCUUUUACAGGAUUAUUAGAAUUUUUCUUUUAUUUAAGCUUUUUUAGCUGUGUUUUUUUUAGAAAUAAAUAGUUGAUUGACAUUUAAAUAGAGUUAAUGCGCAUUGAUCACAUACGUUUGACAUCUGUAUUUUAAUGCAGAUAAUUUUCCUUGAAAUUAAAAAUUUUUGAAUUCAAAUCUACAAUUUAGCCAAAAUUUUAGAUUUUUACAAAAAUUAUGGAAUUGGUCAAAGAAAAGCCAAAAACAAAAAAGCCUAAGAAGAAAAGCGAGUCAAAUAAAAAUGCAAUAACUGCUGUUGAAAUAAAGGAGGUGCAAGUUCCUAAGGAAGACAAACUUGAACUUCUUGCUGAAAACACACUUACUAACUCAUCUUUGACACGUAAUGAAAAUGAGCUUAAAAAAAGUGAAGACUUAACAGAUUCUCUAAGUGUUUUAUCAGCUGAUAUUUCUUCAGGUCUUGAAAAGAACAUUUCACAUGAUUUAUCUCAAAUAAUUGAAGAAAAACAGCUCAAAAGAAAUAAGUUUAUUCAUGAUUCAAGUAUUUUACCUGCUGAAAAUAUUGUGACACAUGGAAAGAAUAUUUCAAACAAUGCUGAAAACAGUUUUGAAAAAGUUAAUGAGUCUUGUAAUACUUUGCUGCAAACUGUUAAUCAAAAAGAAAUGCCACCAUCUGUGAGCAAUGGAACUGAGUGCUUAUAUCCCAAAACUGCUAUUUUAGAAAAGGAAGAAAAAUUUUUAGGUUUUUUGAAAGAGAAAAAUAAGAUCUUUCAUGAUACUGUAAAUGUUCUCACUGCUAGUGAUACAAGGACAGAGAUUAUGAAUGUUUAUCCUAAUUUAAAGAGUAUACAGCAUUGUGAAAAAAUAGAAGAUAUUGAAAGUAUGCGAACUAUUGUACAAACUUAUACUGAAGAGUACACGAAUAAAACAUACAAUGAAGCUGUUAAGAGAUGUCAGAAAUUUGCAGUGGCUGUAACUGGCAUUGAAAAUUAUCCCCUAUUUGAACUUGCAAAAGAAUAUCAAAAUGCUAGAAAGAUGUCUAAUGAAGCACGUGCAAGACUGAAAUAUUUGAAUUCAAAGCUGAAUGUUGAGAAAGCUAAUUUAUGGAAACUUACAAAAAAAGAAACUUCUUCCAAGGGUUUUUGUGAAGAUGGCUCUAAUGUUUCAAUUUCUAAAACUUAUUUAGUGAAAGAGCUAGAUGAAAGUAAAUUCAAUGAAGUUACCGAGUUGUUGAGAGAAUUAGAAGAAGUUGUUCUUUCAUAUGCUUUUUACUCUUAUUCUGAUGAGUUAUCAAGAAUGAAGAUUGAGCAGUAUAUUUACAAUAUGAUUAAUUACCUGAAUUCUUCGAAUGUUGAUGGAUAUAAUAAAAAGGAUGUCUUAAAAAAAUGUAUUAGUGUUUUGUUUCAAUACCAGAGGCAAUCUACCAAGGAAAAGUCUUUCUUAGAAGAAUGUCAGAAAUGGUUGAAAUUAUUGGUUUAUGUAUUGCUUCAAAAUGGAGACAAAUCUGACUAUUUAUUCAUUGUGGAGCACAUUAUAAGAUGCCCCAAUGGCAUUCAAGCCUGGGCUUCACGACUGCUACAGUUUCCUGGAGCUACUCUCUGUGCUGAGGGAUCUAGAGACGUUUUGGGCUGCCCUUGCCUAUACUAUGUUUUACUAGUCUUGUAUCUUGUUUUAAACCCAGCUCCAGAUCGUGACUUUUUCUUAAGGAACGUGAAGAACAAAGCUUCUGAUUCUACUGGUGGAGAAUUUACUUUAUUAGAUUCAGAUGGAGAAGAAGAAGAACUAUUUGAAGUUGUUCGAAAUUGGACAAAUGAAGACAUCAUAUCAUUGUUAAAUCAAAUUUCAAUUGCAAGCCUAUACGAACACAUUUUAUUUGAAAAUAAAGGUGAUUCGAGCGUCAUCAAGUCUCCAUCUAAAGAAAGAAUUGUCAAAACUUUUGCUUUUUCUACUUCCCUUAUUAAUAUUCUAUUUUCUGGCUUGACAAGUUAUUGUAAAGAAGAAUUCACAGCUUCUGUUGAAUGCAUUUGUAGUAUGAUAAGGCAUGUUGUGUUUUAUGUAACUGAUCAUUGGGAGUACUGUGAAAAGUUAGAAAUUCCAUCUAAAUCUGCUUUGCAAGCUGAAUAUGAUAGAUUCAUUUUCCACACUAUAUACAUAAUUUUUAAGUUUGAAAAAUUAGGUGUUUGGAAAUUUUUAGCUACUCUCCCUUACAAGUGUGUUUCAAAGAAAAUGUUAUGGAAUAUUUUAUGGAUUUUUCACUCUCCAAAAACUCUAGAACAGAAUGUUUACUUGGAGAAGGAUGUAGAUUUGAAACUAAACGAUGAUCAUAUGAUAUCUACCUUUAUUGAGAAAUUGUCAACUUUUGACCAAUGUGGCCAACUGUAUCUUCUUAAUGCCUACAAAUCUAUAGCUAUAUGUGGAUAUCCUGAGAAGGAGUUUCUGUGUUUCAUUGUGCAUGAAGUAUUUGAGGUCACAUUUGGUAAAAAUGCCCUCAGUCAUUUGAGUAAAGAAGGUGCCAUAGUUCUGACAAGUAUCAUGAAAAAAUAUCCAGAUCUGUUGACAGCAUUAUUGAAAGAGGUUGAAGCUAAUGCAGAUGACUCAAUCAAUCAUUCCAUGGUAAUGUUUGAGGAACUGGAUUUAAGUGAAUGGAUACCUAAAUGUGAUGAUGUGCGAUUUAUUAGAGAAUGGUUGAUUGAAUUGCCACUUUCGAAUCCUAAGAACUUUUUAGGUCGAAUGUUGUUAUCUAAGAUGAACUGGGAUUUUUCUAAUCAGGGAGACCUUGUUUUGCCUUUGGAGCUUCACAGAGAAACUGCUGUACUUGUUCUUGAAGCUUAUAUGAAAUUUGAUCGAAAAGGCAAUGAGUGGAGUGUAUCAAAUGGUCUUGCACAAAUGCUUCAGUUUGCUACAGUUGGAAAUUAUGUCCGAGAAGAAGAAGGAUUUGUUUUUUGGGCAUGGGACCUUUUAUUUUCAUUAAAACUUCAUGCUCUUGAUAAAAAGUGUCCAAUGUGGGUUCAGAUUUAUGAUGGCUUUUUGGAUAUUGAUUUUCUACCUGAUCCAUUUGAAGAAUUGUGGCUUCAACCGUUGCUUAAUGGAUAUGAAGAAAAACAUCCCGUUGCUUGUUAUCUUUUUCUUGUCAUGACAAAUGUUGGACACAAUGUGCGCAGAUUAAUGAUUGAAGGCUUGCAGUGUCUGACAGCGCUUGUAAAAAGUCGUCAAUAUUUAGCUGCUAUACAGUCUUUGUAUUACAUAUUACCUUUCUUUGUGAAGAAUAGUGAAGAACUGUUAUCCCAAACAGAAUUUAUAAACCUUAUGCGUGAUCUUAUUGUAGCAGAUAUGUCUGUGCUAUCAAACAUCAGUGGACCUGUAGUUGGUGCUGUAUUGCAUAAAAUAGCUGCUAUGAUAAAGCAUCAAAUAUCUCAAGCCUGGGCAUUGACUGUAGAAUGUGCUACCCCAUUGAUUAAACUUUGGACGAGUAUCUUACUUAAAGUGCUAUCAUUCCAAGAUGAGAAGAAUUACAAUUUAAAAGAUUCAGCAAAACAAGUUCAUUUUCUCCUUGAUGUAGUAAUAAAGAUUUCUUGUAUUGAUUCUUAUACAAGAAACAAUAUGCUUGAUCUGCUAUAUUCUUUUGGAAAUCCUUUGCUGUCAACAUCAUCUAAUUCGCAAACGACUAUUUGGAGCAAGUUUUUUGGUUCGAAUACUGAGUCCUAUACAAUAUUGAGAAAACAGACUUUACCAGAUUAUCCAUGGUUGGCCUGGUUUAUUCUGAAAUCUGAAACAAGGCAGAAACAAACACAAGAUUUAUGGUAUCAAAUCCAGAAAGAAAUUGCAAGAGAUUGUGAUAUAACUCCACUAGCUGCAUUAAAAAAAGCAUGCAAUUUUCUGAAAAUAAAACAACCAGCUUUAGAAAGUUUACCAAUUUACCGAUGGGCUCUACAAAUUCUGCAAUCUCCAGUAUCUCAUCCUGUUCUUCCCUUGUUAUGGCAGAGUUUCUUAUGCUAUUUCUUUGAAAGAAUAUCAAAUUUAGAUUCUGAAGCACCUCGGAGUCUUGGUUUAAAUUAUUUCAAAACUGGACUUCAUUUUCAAAUUCUGAAGAAAUUAAAGAUUCGAGCACUAGAAACAGCUGAAUAUUAUAACAACUGUGUACAGCGUUCACAAGGUCUUGAUGUUAAUGAACCUGAAAAGAAUAUUACAAGUAAAGAAUGCAUCUUUAAUGUUGAACUAUGCAGAAUCUUCCGAGCUUUCUCCUUUUGGAUUGAAGACAAAAAUUUGCACCAACCUAGUUUAUGUUUUUCUGCUUUGGGUCCAAACUAUUGUUGUGAAAGAUUAAAGCUGAUUUUUAGUAAUGACCAGUAUGACUGGUUCGAUUUGGUAUCAGUUGAUCAGUUGAAAGAUGACCUAGAACAAAAAGUACAUUCUUGGGUGCAUAAAAAGAAAUUUUCUUUUUCAAGUCAGAGUAGCUCAGAAUCUCAUGAGGAAUCACCUGGGGAAAGGAUUUCAAGGCAUUUGAACAACAACAAAGAUGUUAAAUCUUUGGAAUGUCCUGAAAACAUUGAGCCACCAAUGCAUGAAAUUGAGGAUAUAGCUCUGUCAUCAUGGAAUAUAUUAGUUCAACUUAUUGAGAGCAGGCAAAGUGUUAUUUUUGAUAAAGCAAGAUCAUUUACUGAACUUUCAAGCAAACUGAAACUAUUGAAUUCUAAUUAUAAAAAUUUGGUUCCUCAAGAAUUUGUUAAUGAAGAUCAUUGGGAAACUGUCUCAAAAUCUUGUCUUAGGGGUUUGAAGUGUGCUGGACCUGCCACAUUUCAUAUGCUGGUUAAACGUUAUUUUCCAAAUCAACGAAUUUGUGAAAAAUUAGAAAAUAAUCGAAUGGAACAUCGUAUGGUGCAGGAUCAACUUUUAAAUCUUCCUAUAAAUGAACUUUGCAUUGCAUCUGUUCAUAUAGAAAACUAUAUAAGAGCUUUAUCAAAGAAAAUGGAGACUGCUGAAGGUGAAGAAAGUCUGCAAUUUAGAAAAUUAGGCGUUUCUUUGUUUUAUCACCAACUUGAAGCUGUCAAUAAAGUUUUUGCAUCCGUCAAAAAUUAUACACCAUCUCAAAAUUUCUUUUCUACCAGCAUUGAAUCGCUUGGAAAUGUUUUUAUAUGCAAUCAAGAGGACCAGCUGUGUGCUUUAGCAAAAGCCAUUCUCAAACAUCCAGAAGCUGGUGAACUUGCUUUUGGUAUUUUUAAUCCCAAUGUUGCAUCCAUAGCUGUGUUUUUAGAACUAUAUGAAAUUAUUACUUCAGCAAUCAAGGAAUGCUCACUUAAUACAAUUUUUGUUCUUCUACAUAAAGUUGAUCUUCAUGGUAUUCUGAAGGGAAAAGGUUCAAACUACUGUGACAGACGAAAACUUUUUAAAUUAAUAUGCAACUCAUUACUUGAAUGUGGAUCUAGUCCUUCAAAAGAACUGCAAAUGGUGCAUGAUGUUCUCACUGAUCAUUUUCGCAUUACUUUGCUGCGGACAUUUCCUGAAUUUUAUGAAGAUACUAUUUCUUUUGUUUUGGAUGGGAUGGAUAAAAAUCAAAUUUCAUUGAAUGUUUGGUAUGAAAUUUUGCACUGCUUCGGUUGUUCAACAUUAAAUGAAAAGUCUUCAAUUCAAGUAAUUGAAAAUGCUCUAAAAAAAUACGCUGAAAAUGUAUUGUUACCUCCAGAUCAACAGAUUUUUGUCUCCAGUCAGCCAAUAAAUGCUAAGGAAGUAUCAUUAACUUUAGAGAGAUUUUACCAAAGAUUUAUGAACAAAAGAAACUCUUGUAACAUUUAUGAAAUUUAUGGCUCACAUGUGAAACCAUUUGGGAUAUUUCUUGCUGUGCUUUGUCAUUCCAUGUUAAGCAUUCUGAAUGAAAACGUUAAUCAAAGAGAGACAACAAAUAUUUCUCAAUUAUGGAAAUCACUGCAUCAUUCUUUUUACCCAUGGUUACAUCCUGCACAAAAAGAAACAAGUUUCAUAUUUUCUUGGUCUGAUGAACAAUUAGAUGAUGCGAGAUUCAUGUUUCAAAUGUUUACUAUUUGUUUGAGAAAUUUUCAUGAUAAAUUAUUAGGAUAUAAUUGUGAAAAAUGUAUUUUGUCAUAUUUCUGGAGCUCUUAUGUGGAAAUAUAUGUAACACCUGGAUUAAGGCAUUACUCAGUUGCACUGUGUCACUCUGAAUGUUUAAAUUUGCCAUGGGAUCAGUUUCAUCCCAAUUCAGAGGAUUUGGAAGGAAUGUGCUUUAUCCUUCAGAGCAGUUUACUUGAGAGUAAAGAUUUUUUGGCUAAGAUAAGUUUAAAAAUACCAUGGAUUGAAAUCAUGAAAAGUAUAUCCGAAACAAUGUCACCUGAAUACGUCAGAAGUACUCUUGUAACUCUAGGCAAGCUGCUUAUCAUAUCUGGAUUGGAUGUUUCAUUGACAAAAAGUAACCUUCAUCAAAAUAAUCUGAAGGCUUUGGAAGAAUUGUCAUGGCAUUUGAUUUCUAUAGACGAUGCUGAUGGACUUCUGCAACUUUAUUAUUCCACAUCUGACCCAAUUAAUCUAUUGAAUGAAGAGCUUCAAGGGAACUCUGAUGUUUAUGUUUUGCAAUUUCUCAAAAUUGUUUGUUAUAUGGUUGUGGCUCCUAAUGGUGUUGACUAUCCCCAUUCUAAUGCAAAAAGGUUGCUUUACUUGCAUAAGUACAUAACAGCUUUGACAUCAUGUAUCUCUGAUAAAAAAGAUGUGAUUCUAAAGAAUCCAGAAAAACUGCAGAAAGUUCUGCCCAGUCUUUUCACAGACAUUGAGAAAGUGAUAGUGUCAGAAAAGCCAGAGCAACAAAUGAGCUACGCCUUACCUCUUGUAAAUGAAGUUAUUGGAUUUUUAAAUAAGAUCACGAAUUCAAAACUUGAGGGCGUGGUAUUAGACUCUUUAUUAUUGUGGUUGAAAGCCAACCCUCGAAGUCCUUUACUUUUGCCUUGUCUUCAAACUGCUUGCCGGUGCCUUAAUCAAAUGACAAGUGCUGUGAUGAUAGUAGAGUGUUGCAUAGCAACUCGUUUUAACACAGACCUUCAUAAUCCGUCUGAAGUUCAUGAUAUAUGGCAGCUAAUUUUGACCUGUUUUCAAAUCCGUAGUUCAAUGCUAGAUGACUUUGUUCAUGCGUGUGUCAAUAAAAAUGCUUUUUUGACACUAUACUGCUAUCUACUUGACAAGAUACCGAAAACAUCAUCAUCUGAAAGUAAAAAAAUACUACUUCUUAAUUUAACAGAUUGGAUCAAUCGGGUUGAAGUAAAUGAAAAUGAUGAAGCUAAAUCUCUACUUUUGUGGGAUAAAGUGCUGGAAUUGAGUGUUAUGUUAGCCAAUGAAGAUAAUUUACAGAUUGUCAAAACUACGCUUUCAGCAUUUUGUCGUAAGCUUUCAAUUUUGGGGGAAGACAAAUCAAGUGAUGGAUUCUUAGGUGCUGUUGGCUUUGGUCGCUCAUCAGUAUUAUCUGUCAAUUAUAGGUUCCUGUGUCGUGUUAUUGUUGCGUUUAUUCUCGUACAAAUACCUUUAAAUGCAUCGAUACGUCUGCAGCCGAUGGAUCCCGGUCUUUUACCUGUAGCUGAAAUGAAAGGCAAUCCCGUGAUAUCUUCAAAAUCAAUGGAGCCUUCGCCAUCUCCAGCAGCUUUAGAAGCUUUAAAAAAUGUUAAAAUACUAUUGAAAAAUAAGCCAUAUUCUGCGCUUAGAGACUUAGUCAAUAGUGCCAUUGAAUUUGUUAUAGAUCCAAGUCAUGCUCUAAGUGAAAGUCGUAUUCUUUUAAAAGAAUAUGCACUUCAUGUUUUUCCUAAACAGUACUAUCUCUAUGCCCUUGGAUAAUUUAUACAUUCCAUAAAAUGUGUAACAUAUUUAUGUAAAUAAAGUUUAUGAAAACAUUGAUUUAA